AUGGAAAUGCCCAGCAGCAGUACCGUAAAACGCCAACAAUCAGGUGAAUUCGUGGAGCUUGAGAAAUCACUAGUCGCAUGGUUUCGGCAAAGCCGCCAAUUGAAUGUUCCAAUUGGAGGAGUUCUUAUGAGAGAAAAGGCUAAAAUGUUUGCGGCUAGAUUGGGGUUACACAAUUUCAAAGCCAGCGAAGGAUGGCUCGAUCGCUUUAAGAAAAGGCACAACAUAACUUUCAGGAAAAUUUGUGGUGAAAGCGCUAGCGUCAACGACAAUGUUUGCACGGAGUGGAAACAGAAGUUGCAGGACUUGAUUAAAAACUAUGAGCCCAAAAAUAUUUUUAAUGCCGAUGAAACAGGGCUUUUUUUUAAAUGCCUUCCUGACCGAACAAUGUGUUUCAAGGGUGAUACAUGCCAUGGUGGUAAAAGUAGCAAGGACAGAAUAACAUUAUUGUUUGCUUGUAAUAUGGAUGGCACUGAAAAGUUGAAACCUUUAAUGAUUGGAAAGUCAGCGAACCCAAGAUGCUUCAAAAAUAUUAAGUCAUUUCCUAUGGACUAUCGUUCCAACAAAAAGGCGUGGAUGACGAGCAUUUUGUUUGAUGAAUGGCUUAAUUUGGUAAAUAACAAAAUGGUCAGCCAAAAUCGCAAGAUUUUAUUGUUCGUUGACAAUUGUACGGCUCACAACGGACGUCCAGAUCUGAGUCACGUGAAGGUAGAGUUCUUCCCCGCAAACCCAACUUCUCAGCUUCAGCCACUAGAUAAGGGAAUCAUAAAAAAUUUUAAAUCUUUCUAUCGCAAUGAAGUCGUAAUGCAACUCCUAGACAGCAUUGAGGAUGAAAAGGAGCACAAAAUUACAAUCUUGCACGCGAUGAACAUUGCUGACAAAGCCUGGAAAAAUAUUAGCCAGUCCACGAUUCAGAACUGUUUUCGAUCUUGUGGUUUCGACAAAGGACCAUACUCGUCAGUAAGUGAAGAACCAUGCAUUGAACCCAACGUAGCCGAAUGGAAUCGCGUUCCUCAAGAUGGAGAAAAUCCAAUCAGCUUCGAUGAAUACGUUCACUUUGACGACAAUGUGGCUGUUGCAGGCAUACAAACGGAUGAUGAGAUCUUGGGAUUUUCGCAAGAGGACGACGAAGUCAGCGAUGACGACGAAGUUGAUAUCCCCCCGAUUUCUUCCAAAGAGGCAAAAAAUUGCAUUGACAAUUUACGCCGUUAUUUUUUGGGUACAGAUGUUGACGACGAUGUGUUUUCAGCAAUUGUGACGCUAGACAAC